AUGGGUGGUUAUGAAGAAGAGAGGAAAGGGGGAUAUGGGAAGAGGUGGUGGGGGGGGUUAGUUGGGUUUGGGGUAUUGGGGUGGGUGUGGGGGGGGGUUUGGAUUGGGGGGGGGGGGGGGGUUUUGGGGGAUGUGGAGGUGGUUGGGGGGGAUGUGGGGAUGGGGGUAGUGGGUAUGGGGGUAGGGGGGGGGUUGUAUUGGGGUGGUUGGGUGGGUAGUUUGUUUGGGUGGGGGGGGGUGGGGGUGGGGGGGGGUGGGAGGGGGGGUGGGUUGGAUGGGUGGGGGGUUGGGGGGGGUUUAAUGGGAUAG